AUCAUCAGCCGCAUUUGCUGGUAGGUCUGAGGAUAACGUAGCACCACAACUAGAUACAAUGACAAUGGAACAUCGAGUUGAUCCAAGUCUUUUACUAAGCCAGAAUGCAUCAGUGUCAUCAUCCACUGAUUUGGUGCAAAGCUUGUACUCUUCAAGUCACGACCUGACUGGUGCAAUUAUUUCUCACAUCGAUUCUCCAAGUCAAUUUUAUGUUCAUUUGUCGGGUGCACAGAACAUAUUGCAAGAUGUUAUGAUGAAAGUAGCUGACCAUUGCAACACUACCAAUCCUCCCCAAUCAGAUGUUCAGUGGAUACUUGGCAGCCGUUGCUGUGCUCUGUUCAGUGAGGAUCAUUCGUGGAAUCGAGCUCAAGUGAAGAUGAUUCUUCAUGGCAAUAGAUACAAAGUCUUUUAUGUUGAUUUUGGAAAUUCAGAAACUGUGUCGGGUUCAGACAUGAGAACGCUUCCUUAUGAUUGCAGGGCUGCACCAGCUCAAGCACUACCAUCCUUUAUUUAUGGUGUGACUCCAGUUGCUGAUAAUUCAGGAGCAGUGACUGUAGGUGGAUGGUCAAUACAGGCUGUGAAUCUGAUGAACGACCUACUCAGAGAGAGAGCAUACAAAAUUGAACUACAGGUUGAUUCUAAUGUUGACAGUGGCCAGCCUACUGCAGUGGAUAUAUGUUUUUCAGCACAAGAUGGUCAGACCAAAAGUCUUAGACGCUAUUUGAUAGAGAAGGGUUUUGCCAAGCCACAUCAAGAAGCAUCCAUGUCUACGUAUCUCCCACCUAAAAUUCCGUCAUCAAGACAGUUUCCAAUCAUAAUUACGUUUGUAGAUAAAGACUGUCUGAUAUAUGCACAUGAUGCAUCUACAGAAACUGAUGAAAUUGACAUGGUGACAGGACAACUGCAGACUCAUCUCAAUGAAACAUCAAAUGUAGUAGUGCCAGCUGAACAGUGGCAAGUAGGACAGUCUUGUUGUGCAAGAUUUGCUCAGGAUAACAACUGGUAUCGAGCUCGUAUUGUGGCCAUUGUUGGUGACAGGAAACUAAAAGUUUUCUACGUCGACUUUGGAAAUUGUGAUGUAGUUAGUGUAGAGUGGCUUCAUCCUGAGGUAGCAUUCCAAGAAAUUCCUUGUUUAAGCCUUAUCAUGCAGCUUCAAGGACUGAAUAAGACAAGUGACAAUUGUGAUGUCAUCUCAAAUAGAAUGUUAGAACUUCUGGUGGACAACCGAUGCUGUGCUAGUAUUGUGGGUCAACCAUCAGAAAAUCCUCUUUUAGUCAGCAUUGACCUUCCUGAUGGCACUAAGCUACUUGAUGCUCUUGCCACAGAAGAAACUCGAGAUCUAGAAAAUCAGCAGUUGCCUGAAAGAGACAGGGCAUUGCAUUAUCAGCUUGCAUCACCAAAGACUUUUUCUGUGCAAGACACAUCAUUAUCAUUAGUUGUGCCUCAGAAUGGUCAACAAGAAGUUAUAAAUGCUGUUGGUGACAAAGAACAGGAGAAUUUGACAUUGUCAGAAGAAUCACCUGUCAGGGAAGCUUUUGUUAGCACAACUAUUGCUCCGACUGCUGCCGUGUUGGAGUCUAGUGUGGACGCUGACGACAUUGGACAAGUGCAGUUGCCAUCUGUUGGUGUGAAGUUUGCCGUGCAAGCAGUGCACGUAUUAGCUCCUGAUACCAUUUAUCUUCAGAGGCUGGGAGUACCUACUGAAAGCCAUGAUGUGACUUUAGAAAAUGUUGCUGCACAGUUGGAUAAUCUUUAUCGCAUUCAAGCAGCUGUUUCUGAGUGCUCUUUCAACCUACCGCAAUUGACAGAAAGUGAUGUGAAAGCAGACAUGGUAUGUGCAGCUUGCUAUACUCAAGACAAUGUUUGGUAUAGAGCACGAGUGGUCGAACUGUUCAAGCCUCCAUCCGGUUUAUUACUAAUUAAAAUUUAUUAUAUUGAUUAUGGUACAUCUGAAGUAGUGACACCAGAACGAAUAAGAAAGUUACCAGCCGAGUUUCUUGGUAUUCCAGCUCAGGCGUUUCUCGUCAAACUACCAGGUAUUGAGCCAGUUGCAGCUACGGAGCUACAGGGUCCUCAAACUCUCAUACCCAAUUCAAUAUGGUCUACAGAUAGUUUGACAGUCAUGACUAAGCUGGUCACCCGCAAGAAGUUGGUGGCUUGUAUUGAAUCAACUGAAGUAACAGUACCUAAUGUCUCAUUGACAGAAGAGGAUGGUACUGAAUUAGUAGAACGGCUUGUGGAGUCUGGCUAUGCAAGGAAGUCACAUUGACGGUAUUCUCAAGUGACACGUGCAUAGACUGAUCUAUGGUGGUUACUUCAGGUAGCUUUGUAUGUAAUAGUGGUUAAUUGAGUCUGUUGUUCGUUGUUGAUUUUUUUAGUCUUUGAGGUCGUCGUGUUUGAGUACUAAUGCUAUAAUAUAGCUGUUGGAAUCAUA